AUGUCGACCACAGCAACUCAAACGCGCGUCCAAAAUGGAUCCUUUCACAGCGCUGUGUUGAGAGACUACGAACUUCACCAUUCACAAAGUCGCGAAGAAACACCAGAGUCUCGUUCGUCUGUAUCGGAUCACCCUGAGUUUGACCUGCCGCAUCGCCGGGUACCUUCUUAUCGAGCUCCCAACCGUGAUCCAGAGCAUAUCAAUGGCGUGAGAGUUUACACCAGCACGCCCGAGUUAUUUUUUAUCACUGCCAUGUUUCGAGGAUUGAGCUUCAAUGCUGGCGCGGCGCAAACUUGGAGGGCUUCUGUUGGAAGGUUUACGGACAAGGUUUGGAAGUACCCCAUCGGUGGAGAGUUUUAG